UCUCUCUCUCUCUCACAAGCAAUGGACUCCUCGGAACCUAAGACGUUGCCGGACCACCAAAACGUCGUCGUAAUGCGGCACGGGGAUCGCAUGGACAAUUUCGAGCCACUGUGGGUGACGACGGCGAAGAGGCCUUGGGACCCACCGCUGGUGGAGGAUGGCCGGGUCCGGGCCUUCUGCAAGGGCCGGAUGAUCCGGGCCCAACUCGGCUUCCCAAUCCACCGCGUCUUCGUCUCCCCCUUCCUCCGCUGUGUCCAGACCGCCUUCCAAGUCGUCUCUGCUCUCUGCGCCGUCGAUGAUUCUCCCAGCGCCCAAACCUCCGAUGACGUUUCCAUCGACCCCUCCAAAGUCAAGACAUCAAUCGAAUAUGGGUUAUGUGAGAUGCUAAACAAUGAAGCAAUCAGACCUCGUUUUUCUCCUAAAGAUGGAGACUUUGGCUUCAAUAUCUCGGAGCUUGAAGCAAUGCUUCCUGCUGGGACACUGGACAACACUGCCGAACGAGUGUAUAAGGAGUUGCCGCUGUGGGGAGAGACUGUGAUGGGUGCAAGGGCUAGAUAUGUUCAUACUGUUCAGGCACUGGCGGAUAAGUAUCCUACAGAAAACUUGCUUCUUGUCACUCAUGGAGAAGGAGUUGGGGUGGCGGUAUCUGCAUUCAAGAAGGAUGCCAUAGUUUAUGAAGUAGAGUAUUGUGCAUAUACUGAAUUAAGAAGGCCCAUCGUCCACAAAGGCCAGUCAUUUACUGUUGGAAGCUUUGAGGUUCUUACACGCAAUGGCCAGACUGGUAUCAGUUUUUGUCCAUCAACUGCUGCGGUGGUAGACGAUGUCGAUGGAAUGGCGUAGUGACCGUGCGCAUUGCCCUUUCUUUUUGUGUGAUUUGUCUGCAUUUUACAUUGGAUUCCUCUGAUUUGAAUUCUUUUAGUCUUGAGGUUCAUUGGAUGUGCAAGAUAAUCAGACAAAAUCUUUAUUGAAGUGAAUUUUUUUUCGCAUUGACUGACUAAUGCGAGAAGAGAAGAAAUGAAGGAACCUUCCUUUCUUCAGAGUAAGAUGACUACCUAUUGUCAUUUUCAUAGAAGUAAAUAAAUGUACCCCCUUUUCUUACCUCUGUUUAAGUAAAGAAGGAUAUGCGUAUUUCGAAACU